AUGGACGAAAAAGUUGAGUUUGAGUUUAGUGGUAGAAAACCAAUUAAUAAGAAAAGACAUUUUCUUUUGAACCCAUAUUUAUGGGUUGCUUCUGCAUUGUUAUUUAUAAUCUACAAUUUAAAUUCAGUUAUCUUUAGAAAUGAUAGUUUUAUUAUCAAUGAUGAUACAAAGCUUGAUCCAAAAUCAAUUCUUUUGGAUAGUUUAAAAACUAAUUUAGCUGGUAAUUGGUCUCAUAAAUAUACUACGCACGGUCCUCAUUUAGCUGGUACGAAUUAUGAUUUAGUUGAUUGGACGAAUACAAAAUUUAAACUAUAUGGAUUUGAACCAACAAUUGAUACUUAUGAAAUUUAUGUUAGUUAUCCAAAAUCUACAAAUUUACAAUUGAUAACAGAAAAAGAUAAAGUUAUUUAUCAUCCAAGUUUAGUUGAACCUGAAUUAAAAGAAGAUCCAAGUUCAUUCCAUAAUAACUCAAAUCCGGUAUUUUUAGGUUAUUCAGGUAAUGGUAAUGCUACAGCUGAAUAUAUUUAUGCAAAUUAUGGUACGAAGGAAGAUUUUGAAAAAUUACAACACCAUAAAGUUGACAUUUCAGGUAAAAUUGUUUUAGUUAGAUAUGGUAAAAUUCUCAGAGGUUUGAAAGUAAAAUUUGCUCAAGAUUUUGGAGCUGUUGGUGUUUUAAUUUUUACUGAUCCUGCUGAAGAUAGAGGUAACUUACCAAAACAUAAAGAUGAUUAUUAUCCAAAACUAAAUAGUACAGCACGUAAUCCAUAUGCUGUUCAAAGAGGAUCUGUUCAAUUUACAGCAUUAAAUCCUGGUGAUCCAACAUUGGAUGAAACUCAAAAUGCAAGAUUAGGUUCUCCAAAAGAUAGAAAAGAUCCUCAUAGAUUUACACCAAAAAUCCCUGUUUUACCAAUUUCUUAUGCUGAAGUACAACCAAUUUUAAAAAAAUUAAAUGGUAAAGGUAAACAAUUUGAUUCAUUUAAAGGUGAAUUAAAAGAUGUUGAAUAUUAUACAGGUCCAAAUGUAGAAUAUAAAUUAAAUUUAUAUAAUAAACAAGAUUUUAAUAUUACUCAAUUAUGGAAUGUUUAUGGUGAAAUUAAAGGUGAAAAACCAAAUGAAGUUAUCAUUAUUGGAAAUCAUAGAGAUAGUUGGAAUGGAGGUGCUGGAGAUCCAAAUAGUGGUUCAGCUGUUUUAAUUGAAUUAGCAAGAUCGUUAGGGGAAUUGAAAAAUUCGGGUUUUAAAUUUAAAAGAAGUAUAGUUUUACAAAGUUAUGAUGGGGAAGAAUAUGGAUUAUUAGGAUCAACAGAAGCUGGUAAAUAUUAUGCAGAAAAAUAUCAAAAAGAUGUCGUUACAUAUAUAAAUUUAGAUACUGCAGUUACUGGUAAACAAUUUAAACUUGGUGCUACACCAUUAUUAAAUGAAGUUUUAUUAAAAAUUGCAAAAGAAUUGGAUUAUCCAAAUGAAAAAGGUCAAUCAUUAUAUGAUCAUUUUAAAUCAACAAGGGAAACAAUUGGUACAUUAGGUUCAGGAUCAGAUUUCACAGUUACUUUGGAUUUUUUGGGUAUUUCAUCAAUUGAUGUUGGAUUUAGUCAAGGUAAAGAUGAUCCAGUUUAUCAUUAUCAUUCAAAUUAUGAUUCAUUUCAUUGGAUGAAGAAUUUUGGUGAUCCUGGUUUUAUUUAUCAUAAUUUAUUAAGUAAAUAUAUUGCAUUAUUAACAUUAGAAUUGAGUGAAAAAGAAAUUAUAGCAUUCAAUUUAAGUGAUUAUUCAAAAUCAAUAUUGAAAUAUUUUGAAGCUACUGCAAAUGAAGUACCAGAAGAAUGGUUGGAUAAGAAAGUAGGCGAAAAAGAAGAUGAAGAUGAUGAUGAUGAAGUAGAACAAUCAAGAUAUAUCAAGAAAAUAACUCAAGGUUAUUAUCAAGAUUCAAUAUUAUCAAAAAGAUGUCAAAUGAUGAAUCAAAUAAAUAAUCAUAAAAGAGGUAAGAAAUUAAUUGAUCUUUUAUCUAAUACACAUGAUGAAUUAAAAUUUUUACAAAAUGCAACCAAAGGUUAUGAUUAUACAUCAAAAGAAUUACAAAAACAAUUUGAUAUAAUUGAUGAAUUACCAUUCUGGAAAAAAAUUAAAUUACAUUUUCAAAUUAAAUAUCAUAAUAAAGUUUUACAAUAUUUUGAAAGAAAUUUUUUAUUUAAAAACGGAUUAAAAAAUCGUCCAUUUUUUAAACAUAUAGUAUAUACAAGUGGUAGAUAUACAGGAUAUUCAUCGCAAGAAUUACCAGGUUUAAGAGAAGCAAUUGAAGAUGAUGAUUUUGAUAGAUUUGUUAAAUGGGUUAAUAUUUUAUUCAAAACAUCAGAAAGAAUAUCAAAGAAAUUGACAUAA